AUGUUCAACAUCGCAAACUUAACGCUCAAACGCAGACCGCUUCUGCAGACCAUCGUCAACAUAGCCAUGGACGGAAACAAGAGAAACCCAGCUAGACGGCAUCCUUACAGAGGUAAGAAGGCAUUCGGAACCAACGCGACACCACGACAAAAUGUUGCUUCCUCUGCACAAUCACCAGGAAUACCUCGAGUUGCGACUCCGCCUCUUACAGCACCUGUGCCUGUUGAUACACCAAGAUUUGCGGAUUUAGCCAAGGGGAAUUUGCUUCAUCCUGAGCUUGUAAAGACAAUUACUGAAGAUCUCAAGUUCGACCAUAUGAUGCCAGUUCAAGCCGCGACUCUUCACGAUCUCCUCGCGAAUCGCAUCGAUUGCUUAGCACAAGCAAAGACCGGCACAGGAAAGACCAUUGCGUUUCUCCUACCCGCCAUCCAAACGAUGAUAAAUAAGCGGAGGAGUGCUGGCUCUGGUGUAUCUCUCCUCGUCAUCUCUCCUACUCGCGAAUUGGCUCUGCAAAUUGCCAAAGAAGCGAAAUCUCUUCUACAACGAUUCCCACAAUACAAAGUUGGAGUAGCUAUAGGUGGAACAAAUAAGAAUACGGAGGAGAAAGUAAUUCUCGGUGGCUGUGACAUUCUUAUUGCCACCCCAGGACGUUUGUUUGAUCAUUUGAGUGAUGGGCGCAUCAAAAAUCAAUUCAGUGAUCUCAAUACUCUUGUACUCGAUGAGGCUGAUAGACUCCUUGAUAUGGGUUUCAUGAAUGCUCUCAAAGAUAUUGUCAAAUGCCUUCCUGAUAAAGAGGAAUCUGGAAGACAGGGAAUGCUGUUUUCUGCCACAAUUGCUCCUCAUGUCGAGAAAGUUGCGCAUCUUAUUCUUUCCAAAGGCUACAAGUUCAUCUCAACAAUCCCAGAGGGUGAGGCUCAAACCCACGAUAGAGUCCCUCAGCACCUUAUCACUGUGCCUACAUUCUCAGAUGUCACCGCUGGUCUGGUUGGAUCUAUCAAAUCUGAGGUAAAAAUUGAAGGGUCAGACAGUUUCAAAGCCAUUAUUUUCACGCCAACAGCUGCUUUGGCAGAUUUUUACGGCGAGGUUCUAGAGAAAAUCCCAGGCAUGCCUAGUGUUAGCGUUCUGCACUCGCGGGUAAGUCAAAGCAAACGAACAAGCACUACAAAUGCUUUCCGCAGCGCAAAGAAUGGAAUUUUGGUUGCGACUGAUGUUGUUGCGAGAGGAAUGGAUUUCCCAGGUGUCACAAAUGUGUUCCAAGUCGGCAUACCUUCCGACAAGGAGUCUUACAUUCAUCGAUUAGGACGUACAGGACGUGCUGGCGCUGAGGGCAGGGGAACAUUCAUUGUGGCGAAGUGCGAGGAGUUUUUCCCUAGACACAUCUUGAAGGAGAUCACAUUCGAGACGACAGAGGCAGAUCUGAGCGCUAAAACCGAGGUCGUGCAAAUUACGGAGAAGAUGGAUAACCAGUCGAGGACGUAUCAAGCUUGGCUCGGAUACUAUAAAGGCCACAUGAAGCCAAUGGGCUUCGACUCUGAGGAACUCGUCAACCAAGCUAACAUGUACGCUCGUGGCGGUCUUGGUUCCCCGGAUACUCCUACGAUCAACAAGACUACCGUCGGUAAGAUGGGUCUCAAAGGAACGAAGGGAUUGAAUGUCGUAGCCGACCCACCAAGAGUCUCAAAGGGUGGGCGUCGUGGUGGCGGCGGUGGCGGUGGUGAAGGCAGAAGUUUAGGUUCUGGCGGACAGGGAAGUCUUUCGAACCAGAGCAGCCGUGGCCGUGGAGGAGCUGGACGUGGUGGUGGACGUGGUGGCGGUGGUGCUGGGCGCGGAGGCGCUCAGAGAGAGGCUCAAUGGUAA